AGUGAAUAAUGGCAACAUCCUGAAUUGUCAGUUUUGCAUUGUUUCGCGAGAGGUAACGAUUUUCACUCGAGGGAAAUAAUCAAAUAUCAUUAUAAAGGUGAAUAAAAAGUUCAAAAUGAAUACCCUGGAUAAACAGUUAGCAGACUUACGGAUCUACGCAAACGAAUUGGACGCAAAGCUGCAGGACGACAUAAAUGCUGCCAAAAUGAAACCUUCGAUUCCUCCCAAAAAAAAUAAGGUGCCGCAGCCGCAAAUACCCCAAAGUUGUAUGGUGAAGUCGGCCUGCGAGCCUUCCUACUCAUCGAGACUAGAGUAUGGAAGCCGUACGAGCUCAACAUACUCUAAUCUAGUGCCCGUAAAGAGCUGUAUCGUGAGGAAUACAGCGCGAGUGAAGAGCGGUGAUGUGUUCCUAUACAGCAAUUUAUUGCCACCGGGUGGUACCAAUCACGUCUACUCGAACAUUCCGAUGCAGCGGAACUCUGAGAGCAUAUACGGCGACAGAGACGCGAGGUCUGAGGUUUCUAGAAUAAGCGAUGUCGGUGCACAGUCGAACUAUAGUGAGUUACGUCGCCCCGGUUCUGCUUACCCUCCGUCCUCGGCUUCAGUGAACGCACAAGACUUUUCCACUUAUGGCGGCUCGCAAACAUCCUCAACAUAUGAAUCUCUCUAUGAACCAAUCAAUCCUAGACCAUGUAGUCAGUUGUCUGGGGCAUCCUUAUAUGGUGGUUAUGUCGGGACUGCACCAGAGCCAACACCGGAGCCGGAUGAUGAAUUGUACUGCGGUAACUGCUUCCGGUGUGGGGGUAAGAUCAUGGGAGAGACUACUGGAUGUACAGCCAUGGAGAGGAUAUACCAUAUUAAAUGCUUCUGCUGCCAUCAGUGUGGUAUUAAUUUACAGGGUCGACCAUUCUACGCCGUCCAGGGCAAGGCCCUCUGCGAGCGCGACUACCUGGCCACACUAGAGAAGUGCUGCGUGUGUGGUGACCCUAUCCUCGACCGCAUGCUUCGGGCCACGGGCAAGCCGUACCACCCGCGCUGCUUUACCUGUGUGGCGUGCCAUAAGAGCCUGGACGGGAUCCCCUUUACGGUGGAUGCUGUUAACCGCAUACACUGUAUAGAGGACUUCCACAAAAGGUACGCGCCUCGCUGCGCGCUCUGCCGCGAGCCGAUCGUGCCCGAAGGCGGCGCCGAAGAAACCGUCCGCAUCGUCGCUCUAGACAAGAGCUUCCACAUCGCCUGCUACUCCUGCGAAGACUGCGGAUCUUCAUUAUGCUCUAAACAGGAGGGUAGGGGUUGCUACCCACUCGAUGAUCACCUGUACUGUCGAGAGUGCAAUGCUAAGCGCAUACAGGACCUGUCGCGGAAUAUCAACUAGUUUGCUAAACUAGUAGAUCUUUCCUCGCCUGCUACUGCGAAAACUGCGAAUCUUCCCUGUGUUCCGGGCAGGAAUGUUGAGGCUGCUACCCACUUGAUGAUCAUCUGUGAGAUACAACGCGAAGCGCAUAUAGGAUCUGCUAAAGGAUUUUUACUAAAAUGUCACCUUUGGACAAGAGCUUCCUCAUCACCUGCUACUCCUGUGAAACCUGUUGGUCUUAACUGUGCUCCAGACAGGAAGGUAGAGGCUGCUACCCACCUGAUGAUCAUCUGUGUGAGUACAACGCAAAGUGCAUACAGGUUCCACCUGCUGCUCCUGCCAAGACUGCGGAUCUAUUCUAGACAGGAAGGUAGACGCGUAUGGCAGCUAUAACAAACUGUAGAAUAUACUAUUUUUAAAGCAAAGUUAACAAAUGUUAUCAUGCCAUAUCGGCAUCUUAGCUUUAUUAGAAGUAUUAAAAAAGGUUCACAUACACACUUUUCUGAUAUUGCACCCGUUUCUGCCUGCCACUGAAAGUUUUUUUACAAAACUUUGGACAUUUGGUAAAGUCACUGCACCUUCAUAAUAUAUUUACUUCACUGAUUAUAUGGAUAGGUAAUGAGAGAGGCUUUUCUAAACAGAUUGAAAGGCCAAUUAUAAUCUUAUUCACCUCAUGCAGAAGUUGCUAUCGUAAAAUUUGUCUGCAUUGUAAUGUGUCUACAUCAUUACUAUACUUAUUAACUGCAAUUUUUAAGAAUGUAUUCAACUAUUCAUGUUAAUUAUUGCUGUUUUUGCGUUUAACCCUUUAAUCCGUAGCGGCAACAUACUUGUCAUCAUACUUAAAACAAAAAGGGCAUCUCUACAAUAAGAAUUACGGUUCGAAAUCGAAUAACUAGAAAGGAAUGUCAGAUGGUUAAAGGGAAGGCACAUCAGGCACCUUCAGUAUUAAAUAAAGGUACACCUAGACAUACAGUAUAGGUAAAAUAUUUAGAAAAAUUGUUCAGCAUUUACAAAAAUUAUAAAUGUUGCAUUGGUUUCAAAUGCAUUUAUUUGUAAAUAGUAGUUGUGUACUUUUGAUUAUAUUUGUCCAGUUUGUGAUGUUGUUACUAAAUAUUAUUCAAAAUAAGACCCCUUUGAUGUUUGCAAUAUUUGUAAAGUUGUAAGUUAAAUAAUAUACGCCGGGAUUCGUGUGUGGCGCGUUUUCGUAAACCUGGUCGCAAUGCGCGAAGAUUGAUACUGGGAUGUAGCCGCACGCGUCAGACAGACCUGACAGAAUAAGGUUUGAUCAGUGACGUAGCUAGGCGUGGCCGAAUGGGGCCUUCGCCCACGGCCUCGCACUUAGGGGGGGCCUCGCAAAGCCACCCUUUUAACCCUAGGAACAAACUUGUAUGACGGUGAACGCACAUGUGCGUUGGGGGCAGUGAAUGUGAUAAUUACUUUGGAAAAACACAUUGCAAAGGACCUCGCAGAUGUGAUUUUCACGCUACGCCGCUGGGUUCGAUCGUCCAAUUGUGUCCAUACAUUUAGGGACACUCAAUAGAAAUGUCGCGUCGGCCUCAUAUAUUAUAGUAUUUUUCAAACUGGAAGGGUACGAUGAUUGAUGUCAAUUCAAUACAAUUUCGCGACAUUUGGCAUUUUUAGAUUAUAAAUUGUAUGGAGAUGACAUCUGUCAUCGUACCCUUCCAGUUUAGAAAACUAAGUAGACUAGAGUAUUAUUGAAACAUUCCUAAUUAGCAUUUGUGUAUUCGUAUAAGUCUAAGGCUGUGUAGCGCUCACCAUUUGUAGUAAUUGUAUUGCAGUAUUAGUUGCGUUAAAUGUGAUUGUAGCAUACCUAAGUUUUUCUAAGAAUUCAGUUUAUUUCGUGAACGCGAGUGAAUUUACGAAAUUAGACUCUUAAGCUCGAAAUUCAGAAAUGCAAGACCGGUGCCAGUACAGUCGCCAUAAGAUAAAUCGGAGGCCAAAUUAUACUGUCCGCGCGCCAAUUCCGUGCAUUCGAAGGUCGAGGAAGUGGGAGGGUGUGCGCCGCGCCCGUACGUACAAAAUGACACCACUCUGUCAUGACGCCCAACAUUCCUAACAUUCCUCAGCCGUGCACGGAAUUCGCGCGCGGACAGUACAUAUUUAAACAUAUUUUAUCAUCUCGAUAAUAGAGGUGUGUUCAGAUAUUUGUGCACACCUUAGCCGCUCCGAUAUAUCUGAUGGCGACUGUACUAGUGCGGGUUCUUGCUUUUAUGCAGUGCCAUGUUUAUUUUGUAAAAAACAUAGUUUGUAAUUUACAACAUGCUUCUUUACAGCAAUCAUUUUAAGCUUAUGUUAUUGGAUUUAUUAGUGUUGUACUUAAUGUUAUCUAGAAUGCCAUGACUGUAUUAUAUUAAAACUAUUGUAAGGUAUUAAACUUAAAAUUAUACUUACUCCGUUUAGAGAUUUUAUGACUUUUAUGUAUAUCUACGUUUAUGUAACCAUCGAAAAUGUUUAUUACUUUGGCAUAUUUAUACUUAACGUCAAUGUUAUAAUUAUAUGUAUCGA